GUUGCGUUCCUCCACCUUCCUUUUGAGGAUGCCCCACAGAUGCUCAAUAGGGUUUAGGUCUUCACCUUUACCCUCAGCUUCUUUAGCAAGGCAGUGGUCGUCUUGGAUGUGUGUUUGGGGUCGUUAUCAUGUUGGAAUACUGCACUGCGGCCCAGUCUCCAAAAGGGAGGGGAUCAUGCUCUGCUUCAGUAUGUCACAGUACAUGUUGGCAUUCAUGGUUCCCUUAAUGAAAUGUAGCUCCCCAGUGCCGGCAGCACUCAUGCAGCCCCAGACCAUGACACUCCCACCACCAUGCUUGACUGUAGUAUCAUCUUUAGAAGAGGCUUCCUUCUGGGACGACAGCCAUGCAGACCAAUUUCAUGCAGCGUAUGGUCUGAGCACUGACAGGCUGACCCCCCACCCCUUCAACCUCUGCAGCAAUGCUGGCAGCACUCAUACGUCUAUUUCCAAAAGACAACCUCUGGAUAUGACGCUGAGCAUGUGCACUCAACUUCUUUGGUCGACCAUGGCGAGGCCUGUUCUGAGUGGAACGUGUCCUGUUAAACCGCUGUAUGGUCUUGGCCACCGUGCUGCAGCUGUUUCAGGCUCUUGGCAAUCUUCUAAUAGCCUAGGUCAUCUUUAUGUAGAGCAACAAUUCUUUUUUUCAGAUCCUCAGAGUUCUUUGCCAUGAGGUGCCAUGUUGAACUUCCAGUGACCAGUAUGAGAGAGUGAGAGCGAUAACACCAAAUUUAACGCACCUGCUCCCCAUUCACACCUGAGACUUUGUAACACUACAGAAUCACAUGACACCGGGGAGGGAAAAUGGCUAAUUGGGCCCAAUUUUGACAUUUUCACUUAGGGGUGUACUCACUUUUGUUGCCAGCAGUUUAGACAUUAAUGGCUGUGUGUUGAGUUAUUUUGAGGGGACAGCAAAUGUACACUGUUAUACAAGCUGUACACUCACUACUUAACACUGAAGAAAUGAAACUUCGCUACAAUGUAGUCA